CUGAAAGCCAGUGAGAGGCGAAAAUCUCAAUGUGCAACAGGCUGCAGCGUAGAGUCAGAAAGUCACUCAUUGCAUAGUAACAUUAAAUAGCGGAGCAACCAUGGCACACGUCUGCUGGGAACAGUUUGUUUGGAUAUUACUUACAUGCUAACAGCUGGAUUUUGAUAUUCGUUUCUAAAUUGGGUUGGAAUACUCUUGAGCUUUUGCUGCAAUCUGCAAUGACCAGUACAUCUGUGCUAAGAUUCUUAACAUCCCCUAGCGAAAUCACCAAAGGAGUAUACUAGUGUUUUAACUUGCAUUUGGUCCCGAUCUGGAUCCACCUAUGUGUAAAGAAAAGCUGGACAUAAUGAUCCUAACACAAAUAGAGGCGAAGGAGGCAUCUGAUUGGCUGCGGGCAGCAGGGUUCCCUCAAUAUGCUCAGCUCUAUGAAGAUCUUCUGUUUCCUAUCGAUAUCGCCUCUGUAAAAAGAGACCAUGAUUUCUUGGACAGAGAUGCAAUUGAAGCAUUGUGCCGGCGUCUGAAUACUUUAAACAAGUGUGCUGUGAUGAAACUAGAAAUUAGCCCAAAUAGGAAAAGGAGUGAAGAUUCUGAUGAAGAUGAGCCUUGUGCAAUUAGUGGCAAAUGGACAUUUCAAAGGGACAGCAAAAGGUGGUCCAGAUUAGAAGAAUUUGAUGUCUUUCCCUUAAAUUCAGGACUCUGUGGUGCACAUGAGUUGGCAAAUGCAGAAAGUCAAGACAGCAUUCUUACAGACCUGAGCGAACGCCAAGAAUUAACAUCGAUUCAUAGUACCAGCAGUGAUGGGCACAGGGCAAACCUUCAAAGUGAUGCAAGUACUACUAGAACAAAUUCUGUUAUUAGUGUUUGCUCAUCUGGAAACCUUAUUGCAAAUGAGGAUUCCUUUGGUAGUCUUCCGUCACCAAAGGAGCUCUCUAGUUUCAAUUUCAAUUUGAAGGUUAAUGAAAAGCACUCUAAGUCCAGAACAAAAAGCCUUCUAAAGAGAAUGGAAAGUCUGAAAAUUAAGAGCUCCAGCAGUAAAAAGAAAUUGCAUUCCAAAUUGGGACUGAUUAUAAGUGAACCGAUUUUGCAAGAAGGAGUUGAUGAUGAGAAACUUAAACAACUUAAUUGUGUGGAAAUAUCUUCCCAAAAUGAUAACCAAAAUAAUGCACCUAGAGUACGCAGAAGGAGUACUUCAAACUCUACACAAACUAGUAGCAGUAGUAGUCAGUCGGAGACCAGUAGUGCUGUCAGCACUCCUAGUCCUGUUACAAGAACGCGAAGCUUAAGUGCAUGCCAUAAGCGAGUGGGUAUGUACUUAGAAGGUUUUGAUCCCUUCAACCAGUCAACAUUUAAUGAUGUUCUUGAACAAAACUAUAAAAACAGGAGGAAUUUUAGCGAGGAUGCAGUUUUCUUUAUACCAGAAGACCACAAACCUGGCACAUUUCCCAAAGCACUUUCAAAUGGUGAUUUGUCUCCUUCAGACAGCAGCACUUCAGUCAACUGGAGAACAGGGAGUUUUCAUGGACAUGACCAAAUCAACUUCAGUAGGGAAAAUAGUGUACACAGCUGCAAGAGUUCCAUUAGUAGCCGGAGACGGAAUUCUUGUUGCUCUGAAGGAAGUCGCUUAAGCAUUUAUGACAAUGUACCAGGCACAUUUUUGUAUUCCAGUAACAGUGAUCUGGCAGGCCUGGAAAAUGAAGAUCUCUUUCCAGAACUUGAUGACAUUUUAUACCAUGUCAAGGGAAUGCAAAGGAUAGUGAAUCAGUGGUCAGAUAAAUUUUACGAUGAAGGUGAUUCUGAUUCCAUUCUGGAUUCUAUCUCUCCGUGCCCUUCUUCUCCCAAACAAAUACAUUUGGAUAUUGAUAAUGACUGCAGUGUUCUGAGUGAUCUAGAUAGUACAGGAAACUCAUUGAACGAGUGUGAGGAAAAUACAGUGAUCCAAGAAAGAAGGGAUUCUGGAGUUGGUGCGUCACUGACCAGAAGCAACAGGCACCGAUUCAGGUGGCACAGCUUCCACAGUUCUCACCGUCCAAGUUUGAACUCUGCUUCACUGCAGAUAAACUGCCAAUCUGUGUCUCAAAUUAAUUUACUCCAGAAGUACUCCCUCCUAAAGUUAACAGCACUUCUCGAAAAAUAUACUCCUUCCAACAAACAUGGCUUCAGCUGGGCUGUACCAAAGUUUAUGAAGAGAGUUAAAGUACCUGACUAUAAGGACAGAAAUGUUUUUGGUGUUCCUUUCACAGUCAAUGUGCAACGUUCUGGUCAGCCCCUGCCACAAAGCAUUCAGCAAGCAAUGCGCUAUCUGCGUAGUCAAUGCUUAGAUCAGGUGGGACUUUUCAGAAAAUCUGGGGUGAAGUCCAGGAUACAAGCCCUGCGGGAUAUGAAUGAAAACAAUUCUGACAACUUAACCUAUGAAGGCCAAUCUGCUUAUGAUGUGGCAGACAUGCUAAAACAGUAUUUCCGAGACCUGCCAGAACCUCUCUUGACGAGUAAGCUCUCAGAAACGUUCCUGCAAAUCUAUCAGUAUGUUCCUAAGGAGCAACGUCUCCAGGCAAUCAAGGCAGCCAUUAUGCUCUUGCCUGAUGAAAACAGAGAGGUUUUGCAGACACUCUUAUACUUCCUAAGUGAUGUUGCGGCAGCGGUCGAAGAAAACCAGAUGACACCCACCAACCUGGCUGUGUGCCUGGCACCUUCCUUGUUUCACCUCAAUACUCUAAAAAGAGAGAACUCCUCUCCAAGAGUAAUGCAGAGAAAGCAGAGCCUAGGGAAACCUGACCAAAAAGAUCUCAAUGAAAACCUUGCUGCAACUCAAGGCUUGGCUCAUAUGAUUGCUGAAUGCAAGAAACUGUUUCAGAUUCCAGAAGAAAUGAGCAAAUGCCGUAACUCCUACAUGGAGCAAGACCUGAGGCCGUUGAGCUUAGAAGAACUGGUGAAUGGGAACACAGAGGGUCUGUGUGACUAUAAAUCUUAUCUUCAAGAGGGCAUUGACGUCCUGCUAAAAGAAGCCAGGGACAAGUUUAAGGGCUGGGUCAGUUGUUCCACAUCAGAGCCAGCUGACCUUUCCUAUAAAAAAGUAAGUGAGGGCCCUCCUCUAAGGUUGUGGAAAACUACUAUAGAAAUUCCGGCUCAGCCAGAAGAUGUUCUCCAGCGAUUGCUUAAAGAACAACACUUGUGGGAUGAAGACUUUCUGGAUUCUAAAAUUAUUGAGAAUUUAGAUGACCAGACGGACAUUUAUCAAUUUGUUCAAAACAACAUGGCUCCACAUCCAGCAAGAGACUAUGUUGUUUUAAGAACUUGGAGAAGCAACUUGCCAAAGGGAGCUUGUGUCCUUUUACUCGCCUCUGUGGAUAAUGACCAUGCUCCUUUACUUGGGGUCAGGGUUAAUUUACUACAGUCUAAAUACCUAAUUGAGCCCAGUGGCACCGGGAAAUCUAAGCUUACCUACCUAUGCAGGGCUGACAUGCGGGGCCACAUGCCAGAAUGGUACAAUAAGGUUUUUGGACAACUAUGUGCAGCAGACAUAGUCAGGAUUCGAGAUUCUUUUAUCUAUCAACCGUCAGAAAGUAAAGUUGGAAAUUCAAGAUGACAAACCGAGAAAAAAUAAAUCAAAAUCGGCAAAUGUAUAAUAUGUAUCCCUACAAAGUGCAAAUGGAUCAACAGAAGGAUCGUCGUCAUGGGAUGUGUUAAAAUGAAUCCAGGAAAUUGGACUUUGCAAGUUGUUUUAGGACAGACUGUAAACUACAUUUUUAAAGCUGCUUUAUGUUUGUAUGGUGCCUAUUGUAAUGGCCUAGACUGGAAUUCAUAGGCCUGCAGGUUUUUUUUUUUUUAAAUAUAUAAUGUUGCUUCUGGGAAGCAAAUCUUUUAAUCGAAAGUGUAUAUUGUGGGGCCAGGGGGAGGGAAAAUGCCACAUUCCUUUUAUAUUUUCAUGCCGUUUAAUUUUCAGUGCAUUAAGGGAAGGUGUAUCCACUGGAAUAAUUGGUACUUUAUUUGUUUUCAAUAAUGCAAAACAAUGAUUUGCACAGAGUUACAAUGCUUGAAAGUGUGUGGUCUUUAUGAAUGGAGUCAAGUUUUUUGUGUCUGGUACACUGUAAGACAACUGUACUGGUUUAAAUCUCAGGUUUAAAUUGAGAAUGUCUAACUUUUCCAAAAGGGCCGACUUGGAGGAUUAUAAAAGAUAUUAACAUAAAUUAUUUUGCCCAUAUUCAAAAUGUUUUGAGACCACAUUUCUUUCACCAGUGAAGCAUUCAGAAGCAUCCAUCAGAUGGGUCAUAGAAUAACAGAUAGCUGAGCUUUUCUAAUUUUAACUUUUGAGUUAAAGAUUUCACCAAAAGUGAAUGCAACGACAAAUUAACAGUGAAACAUUAUCAUGCUGAGAAGGACCCAUAUAUUUUUUUUUUUAUAAAUAUACUAUACGUGUAAGUUCUAUUAUCCUAGUAUAUUUUAGGAUUGUUGUAAUCGUAGGAGACUAGGUGCCUAAGGAGGCAACAUGAUAAUUUAAAUACAUAGUUAAAGUAUAUUUUUGCUUUAUUAUAACUGCAGGAUGUUCACUAGUAUUAGUGACUUCAUUUUUCCUUCACCUAUGGGACAGGAACUGAUUUCCUGACAAUCAUUCAUAGCAAAGGCUAAGAAGUUCAUAUUCUACAAACCGCUUUACAGUAGAAAGGUGAAAUGUGGAACGUUGUACAAGUAAUUUAAUUGUAUGAUGACUGAACGAGGAACAUUUAUGAAUGCGAGUUGAAAGUUGUGGUUUUUUUUUUAUGUUACCGUUAUCAGUGUUAUUUCAAAUGCUUUUUAAUGAAGAAUUUAGUUUUUGUCAAAAUAAGUGUUUUAUCAGUGUUCUUUAUUUAGCUUCAAAUAUAAAUAUAU